UUGUUCUCAAAGUUGUAUUGAGUGAUUGUCGUCAUUAAUGAUGCUUUUGUAAACCCUAAAUCCAACAUAAACACCAACUCAGUUACUUGUGUAAAUAACAAUUUAAGUCACUCUCAAUGGUAGCCAUUUACUACAACAAUACUUACCUUUUGAAACUCUCUUUGCGUUUUAUAUUUGGGAAAAGCAAACUUGCUAGCUUUACACUUUCACAACUUUUCAUUCAAUGUGAGUAGUGACCAUCUACAUCCGAAACAGGAAACAGUCACAGAACAAACCAAUUAUUAAAUUCAAAGAAUUCAGAUUUGCUUGCAAACAUAGGAAGUGAAACAAGAUGCCAAGGGCUCCCAUAAGCACAAAAUGCACCAGGAAAGAAGCCAAUAGAGGAGCUUGGACAGCUGAAGAAGACCAAAAGCUUGCUCAAGUAAUUGAAAUUCAUGGUCCAAAGAGAUGGAAAUCAGUUGCAGAAAAAGCAGGUCUGAACAGAUGUGGAAAGAGUUGCAGAUUGAGAUGGAUGAAUUAUCUUAGGCCCAAUAUAAAGAGAGGCAACAUAUCAGACCAAGAAGAGGACUUGAUACUAAGGCUUCAUAAACUGCUUGGAAACAGGUGGUCUUUGAUUGCUGGAAGACUACCAGGUCGAACUGAUAAUGAAAUCAAGAACUAUUGGAAUUCUCAUUUGAGCAAGAAAAUAAAGCAAAAUGAGAAGCAAAACAGAAGUUCAAGAUUGCAAGAAUCGGUGCUUGAAAAUUCUAAGGUAAACCAGAUGGACUCUGCACCGACGGGGAGUGAAGAAGGUUUUUCCAAGAGAGAUGAUGACUUCACAUCUUGCGUCAAUGGUGAUACCUUUUUUGACUUUUAUAACCAGGAGCCUCUUAACUUGGAGUGGAUGAGUCAAUUUUUUGAAAUGGAUGAGAGCUGGUUUAACUUUGUGUGAUAUCUAAAUUUUGUCUUUCUCCAUCAAGUUGGUUGUAGUUAUGUUCUUCAGCUGCUUUACCCAAAGAGCCUUUGGUAAUCCAAGGAAAAUCCUCCAGUUUUCGUUCUCUGUCCUAAUGCUGACUAAGGUUUUUCCUUGGAUUAACAAGUGGGAAUGUCAUGAUCUUUCCUUCUUUUCUUCCUUAUUCAAUUAGUAUAAUUCAGAUUGUUCUAUUCCAAGGGUAGCUACUCCCAACAACCAAAAGAUAAAUACUUAAAUAC